CUCUUGUGAAAUGGCACCGGAAUGACAUGUCAGUAGCGAGGUCGAGGCGAGACGAGACGAGACGAGACGACUUGUCAGAUCUUUAACUCCCCAGUACGAAGCAAUCCAACCAUUUCCCUGACAAUCAGAAAAACACACAGACAUGGCUUCCGCAACGCCGCUGAAGGUACUUGUGAUAGGCGCAGGAUCUACCGGAUUGCUCCUGGCGCAGGGCCUGAAACAGGUAUUGGACCACCGCCCUCCCCCUCUUUCUUUUCCCAUCCCGCAACGAUGUUGUCAUCCAGAGCCAACAGUUGGUCGUAGAAUGGUAUCCCCUGCACUGUGUAUGAGCGAGAGGACCAUACUACCUAUCAGAACCGCGCCCGCGAGUGGGGCAUGACCUUGCACUGGGGAGCAGAGUAUCUGUCCAAGUGUAUCCCGCCGGAGUUGGUGGCCCAGAUCGACGAGAACAUCUGCUGUGACCCGUUCUUCAAGGGUAAAAUCACCUCGCUGCCCAUCUACAAUGGCGCGACCGGCGAGAAGCUCUUUGAGAUGCAGGGCAUAGACCCAAGGCGAGUAUCCCGCAAGAAGCUGAGGAACUUUCUGAGCCAGGGGAUCGACGUGCAGUAUGGUAAACGAUUGGCAUCCGUCACAGUUGACGCAGGUGAUUCCGUGACAGCCGUCUUCGAAGAUGGGACCAGUGCAUCUGGAUCUCUCCUGGUGGGCUGCGAUGGGGCUCACUCGACAGUGCGCAAGUUCCUCGUGGGUGAGGAGCUGGCCAAGGAGGAGUACAUGGACAUCCAAAUGUUCAACGUCAGCUGCACCUUCUCCAAAGAAACGGCCGAGUACCUGAGGUCGAUCCACCCGAUCUUCAAGCACAGCUACCACCCGGACAACUUCACAUGGUGGAACUCGAUCCAAGACGUCACCGACCCCGACAAGCCCGAGACGUGGCUCUUCCAAAACCUGCUGUCCUGGCCCGGUGCCCCGAGGCCUGAAGAUCUCCCGGACCAGGCGUCGCGGCUCAAGUACUGGCGCGAGAGAGUGCCCCAGUACGCCGAGCCGUGGGCCACGAUAGGCAAACAACUCCCCGACGACCUGGUCUUCCCCACAGACCGGACCGUCGUGUGGAAGCCGGACAUAGACUGGUCGCAGUCGCCGCUGUGGCCACGGGUGACGAUCGCCGGCGACGCCGCCCACGCGAUCCCGCCGUUCCGCGGACAGGGGCUGAACAACGCGCUGCAGGACGCGGCGAAACUGAUCGACGAGCUCAGGGAGUUGCACGCCGGCAACAAAUCACUAAGGGAGGCCGUCGCCGGCUACGAGGCCGAGAUGAAGGAGCGGGCGCUGCUGGAGAUGAAGGUCUCGAUCCUCCAGGCCGAGACCGUGCACAACUGGGACAGGCUGAUGGAGGCGCCCUUUAUCAAGCACGGCAUGAACAAGUACAAGGAGGAGUCGGAGGCGAACCAUUAGCUGGUUUGCCCGCACGCGUGUCGGUACCUCUCUUGCCUGUGCAGUGUCAUCGCAUGACUCUAGACGAGCUCAAGUCAAGUGUGCUCGUGGGACAGUGAGACCGCGGAACGCAAUCCUUUUCAAAGAUACUCAGACACAGAUAGCCCGGGUUGAAACCAGAAGUUGCAAGGGAGCCCAGAUCUAACGCGCGUAACUGCGAUCGCUUGCUCGACAGACGGAGAACCUGGAUCGAUCUAGCAAUUCGGCCUGCCCCUAGUAAAUCUUCUCUUGCAC